UUUUUUGCAUGAGUAAACAUCCUUCCAAUAAUGAACAGACCAAUAAUGUCUUAAGAGAGAAAAGAACAUCCGUUUCCUUUUUGUGGUUUCUUGAGAGACGUGUUUGGAUUUUGAAACCCAUGUUGGCUGUCCAGAAUAUGAAAUUUGGUAUCUUCCUUUUGUGGUGGGGAUGGGUUUUGGCCACUGAAAGCAGAGUGCACUGGCCAGGAAGAGAAGUGCACGAGAUGUCUAAGAAAGGCAGUCGGCCUCAAAGACAGAGACGGGAAGCACAUGAAGAUGUCCACAAGCAAGGCGGCAGCCCAAUUCUGAAACGCAGCCCUGACAUCACCAAAUCACCUCUGACAAAGUCGGAGCAGCUGCUGAGGAUAGAUGACCACGAUUUCAGCAUGAGACCUGGCUUUGGAGGCCCAGCCAUUCCUGUUGGCGUGGAUGUGCAGGUGGAGAGCUUGGACAGUAUCUCAGAGGUCGACAUGGACUUUACGAUGACCCUCUACCUGAGGCACUACUGGAAGGAUGAGAGGCUGUCUUUUCCGAGCACCAAUAACCUCAGCAUGACAUUUGACGGCCGGCUGGUGAAGAAGAUCUGGGUCCCGGAUAUGUUUUUUGUGCACUCCAAGCGCUCCUUCAUCCACGAUACCACCACAGACAACGUCAUGCUACGGGUCCAGCCGGAUGGCAAGGUGCUCUACAGCCUCAGGGUUACAGUGACUGCAAUGUGCAACAUGGACUUCAGCCGAUUUCCCCUGGACACACAAACGUGCUCGCUUGAAAUUGAAAGCUAUGCCUAUACAGAAGAUGACCUCAUGCUCUACUGGAAAAAGGGCAAUGACUCCUUAAAGACAGAUGAGCGGAUCUCACUCUCCCAGUUCCUCAUUCAAGAAUUCCACACCACCACUAAACUAGCCUUCUACAGCAGCACAGGCUGGUACAAUCGUCUAUACAUUAAUUUCACUUUGCGUCGUCACAUCUUCUUCUUCCUGCUCCAAACCUAUUUCCCUGCCACCCUGAUGGUCAUGCUGUCCUGGGUGUCCUUCUGGAUUGACCGUAGAGCGGUGCCUGCCAGAGUCCCCUUAGGCAUCACGACGGUGCUGACCAUGUCCACCAUCAUCACGGGCGUGAACGCCUCCAUGCCCCGCGUGUCCUACAUCAAGGCGGUGGACAUCUACCUCUGGGUCAGCUUUGUGUUCGUGUUCCUCUCGGUGCUGGAGUAUGCAGCGGUCAACUACCUGACCACGGUGCAGGAGCGGAAGGAACGGAAAUUGAAGCUGCGAGAGAAGCUCCCCUGCGCCUGUGGGUUACCGCAGUCACGGGCUGUGAUGUUGGAUGGCAGCUACAGUGAUGGCGAAGUGAACGACCUGGGCAACUACAUGCCAGAGAAUGGAGAGAAGCCCGACAGGAUGAUGGUGCAGCUGACCCUGGCCUCAGAGAGGAGCUCUCCCCAGAGGAAAAGUCCAAGAAGCAGCUACGUGAGCAUGAAGAUCAACACCCAUGCUAUUGAUAAAUAUUCCAGGAUCAUUUUUCCAGCAGCAUAUAUUUUAUUCAAUUUAAUAUACUGGUCUAUUUUCUCAUAGAUGCCUGUAAUUCUAUAAAUUUCACAUUUUUUUUUCAUGGUAUGUACUACAGAAAUACCUGUAUGAUGAAAAAAAAUUUAAGAUUUUGUUUUUUAAAAAAAUUCCCAGUACCAUCUUCACUAUUCCUUCUCCAGCUUUCCAAAAUUUCAUUGGCAAGAUAGUUUUUGCAUUUAUUAAGCAUCUAUUGUAUACAAAGCAUCAUAUUAGGUGCUACAGCAACUAAUGUUAUUUGUUACCCUGGUCUCCCUGAAAAGCACAGUACCAGUGUGGUGGACACUGUAGUUCAACAUCUUUUAGAUCCCAGAUGCUUGUUCACCUGAAUGCUUUCCUUGGAAUGAAUGUCAUUAUAUUCUUUGGGCUAGUUGGAAUUGGAAAACACUUACAGUUCACUUGCAUGGAACCCACAUGCACCUAAAUCCCUACUUCAACAGAAACUCAUGCUUCAGUUUAUAGUCUAUUACCUAUUUCUUAUGCAUCUCCUUGUAUUUAAUAAAAGGCAAUAAUAUUCAAUGUUCA